AAACGUCGGAGGUCAAUCAUGUAUUUCGAUUUCGAGGGCGCAGAAUAAAGAGAUUAAAUCAUUAAUUAUUUCUUCAUUAGUAAUGGUUAAUUAAAUUUAUGGGAAAUUAUUUAGAGACAGUGAUUCCAUUAUCAUUGAAAUUCCUACAUUCACCGUAAAAAAAAAAAUACACUGGACUUUGAAAUUCCUAGGACGAAUUUCGUCGAUAUAAUAUUUUCACCCUGUAGUCCCCUCCGUAUAAUUUCGAGUGAUUGAUGAUGGUAUCCCGAGUAUGCGCAGUGCUAUUAUCCCCAGAGGACCGGUUUUGUAUCUCAUAAUCUAGAAUAGUCGUCCUCCAGCUCUCGAGACUCCAACACGCGUCGAUUCGAAAUAAUUCGAAAGAAAAUCCGAGAGAGAAAUUCGUCGAACUUCCACUUGAGUUUUCCACUGGUCCUCCAGGAUGCUGACGAGGAGUUCGAGGCUCUGCCGAGGGUUUUUCCAAGGUAAGAGUCAAUGGAGAUUUUUAACGACCGCGGAACCGUCGGCACCUUCUGUGAGAACGGAAAUCCCAGGCCCCAGGUCCCGAGAACUUCUCCAGGAGCUGAACAAAUAUCAGCAAGCGGCAACAGUUCAAUUAUUCGCGGACUACGACAAAUCCUCCGGUAAUUACCUAGUGGACGUCGACGGGAAUACAUUAUUAGACGUCUACAUGCAGAUAUCAUCGAUGCCCCUAGGAUACAACCACCCGGCGAUGCUGGAGGCCCUGUCGAAUCCCCACAAUCAGCGAUCAAUCAUCAACAGACCAGCCCUCGGGGUUUUCCCAGGUGGUGAUUGGCCGGAGAAGCUGAAGAGUAUUUUACUGAGACCUGGAGUUGUUCCACCAGGUCUCACUCACAUCACCACGAUGAUGUGUGGCUCAUGCUCGAAUGAGAAUGCAUUUAAAAAUAUAUUCAUGUGGUAUGCCAACAAGAGGAGACAUGGACAGCCAUUCACUCAAGAGGAAAUGGAGACGUGCAUGAUCAAUCAGAGUCCAGGAUCCCCCAGCUACUCCAUCAUGUCUUUCAAAGGUGCGUUCCAUGGAAGAACCCUGGGAUCCCUCUCGGUGACCCACAGCAAAUACAUCCACAAGAUCGACGUUCCGGCCUUCGACUGGCCGAUAGCAUCAUUCCCCCAGUACAAGUAUCCCCUGGAGGAAAACCAGAGGGAGAACAGAGCAGAGGAUGAGAGGUGCCUGGCAGAGAUCGAGGAGCUGAUGGUGAAGUACGACAGGGAGAGGAAUAAUCCAGUGGCUGGAGUCAUCAUCGAGCCCAUCCAGGCAGAGGGAGGGGACAACCAUGGAUCCCCCUAUUUUUUCCAGAAGCUUCGACAAGUCACGAGGAAGCAUGGAGCUGCCCUUCUGGUUGACGAAGUCCAGACUGGUGGAGGGCCAACCGGAAAAAUGUGGUGUCACGAGCACUUCAACAUGGAUUCCCCCCCGGACAUCGUGACCUUCAGCAAGAAAAUGCAGUUGGGAGGAUAUUUCCACUCUGCUGAGCUCAAGCCCAACGUCGGCUACAGGGUCUUCAACACCUGGAUGGGAGACCCGAGUAAACUCAUUCUCCUGGAGGCAAUACUGAAUGUCAUCCAGAAGGAUAAUCUUCUGGAGAAGGUCUCGAAGGUCGGGGAGUACACGCUGGAGGGUCUGAAGGCCAUCGAGAAGGAGCACUCGACUCUCAUCAAUUCUUCCAGGGGACGAGGGACUUUUAUUGCCUUCGACGGUGCGACUGUCGAGCUCAGGGACAAAAUUGUGAAGAAUCUCCUGAGAAAAGGUGUUCAAGCUGGUGGAUGUGGUGCCAGAGCUGUUCGACUUCGUCCAGCCCUGACGUUCUCCCAUCACCACGCCGACGUAUUUUUAGACGCUCUACGUUCAGUCCUCAAGGAAUAAAAAAAAUAAAUCCAAACGAACGUCACAGUCAAGUCUUCCAGCAAUUACUGAUAUUUUUGUACAUCAUCCCCAGGGAAUGAACCUCAAAAAAUUACUUUAAAAAUCCCCACGUGAAUUUAUUUGGAGAGCUCAACGCUCCGCUCACAAAUAUAAAUAUACAAUCCAAAGAAA